UCGAGGCGGCGGGGGCUUGGACGCCCCGGAACCGCCGCCAAAGCCGGGCGCGGGAGCCGAGACGGGGCCUUCUGAGGUCUCUGUCUUUCGAUCCCGCCGCGUCUUGCACUGUCUCUACCUGGUGGGCUUCCUGGAUUUGUUUGGAGUGAGCAUGGUAGUUCCUCUAUUAAGCCUUCAUCUAAGAUCUCUUGGAGCAAGUCCAACGGUUGCAGGAAUAGUAGGCUCUUCCUAUGGCAUCUUACAACUGUUUUCAAGUACAUUGGUGGGCUGCUGGAGUGACAUGGCGGGGCGGCGGCAGUCCCUGCUGGUCUGCAUUCUCUGCAGUGCCCUGGGCUACCUGACUCUCGCCGUCUCUACCAACAUCUUCCUGUUUGCUCUCGCUCGAGUCCCUGUGGGUAUCUUCAAACACACCCUUUCCAUUUCACGGGCUCUCCUCUCCGACCUGGUCUCCGAGCAGGAACGGCCAACAGUGAUGGGACAGUUCAACACCGCCUCCAGCAUGGGCUUCAUCUUGGGCCCAGUGGUCGGGGGACACCUUACCGAAUUAGACGGUGGAUUCUACCUAACAGCCUUCAUCUGUUUCUUCAUCUUCCUACUCAAUGCCGGUCUCGUGUGGCUGAUUCCCUGGAGUGAAGGGACACCAAGUGCUCCUCCAAGCCUACACCCAGACACAAAGCAGAGGCUGCAGAAAGAGACAGAGCCUUCCCGGGUGCCCACCCCUGGGGCUGCAGUGCUGGGAGACCCUGACCGGGUGCACGGGGUACCCGUGCUGCAGGCCCUGCAGGACGUCAGGGGCCUGCUCCUGCCCGGGAUGUGGGAGCUGCUCACAGUGCGCCUGCUCCUGGCCAUCUCAGUCAUGCUCUACCACAGCAACUUCAUCCUGGGUCUGCAGCAGCGCUUUGGCAUGCGGCCCUGGGUGGCGGGCUACCUCAUCAGUGGCAGUAGCAUCUUGGGUGCCCUGGCAGGCCUGGCCGUGGGUCCCAUCCUGCGACUGCACCACCACGAUGCCCACGCGGCCCUACGCCAUACCAGUGCCCUCACCAGCCUGGCGCUGCUGCUCCACACCGUGGCCCAGAGUCUGGGCUUGGUGCUGGCCGCCACCGCCCUGCUGGCUAUAUCCACCACCAUUGGCAGGACCUGCCUCACCCACCUGCAGUUGAAGGCUGGAGGGCCCAGGACCGGAGGGACCCUGGUGGGCCUCGGGCAGUCAGUGACUGCCAUGGGCCGCGUGGCCGCCCCACUCCUCUCGGGCCUGGCACAGGAACUCAGCCCAUGCGGACCCCCAGGAUUUGGGGCAGUGCUGGCCCUGGUGGCUCUGUGCAUCAUGGUGCGGAGUCAGCCUCAGGCCCGCAGCCACAUUGGUGAUGGACUAAAGGAAGAAUAAAGUGAAUUUCAGGCCACAUGGUUAAAAGUGUGAUCCGAGAUAGAAAAGAUCCAGGAGAAACUACCAAGGCCUC